GUUCACUUUGUGACAUUGGCAUUUCCAUUUAUCCACUAUUAUUUUGUGUGAACUCGUAAACGCGAAAUGAAAUCUGAGGAAAUUGACCAUUCAAAUCCCGUUCGGUUUUGCCAUUCGUGGAAAGAAAUCUGGUGGAACGUAGUGAUAAACAUAAAAAACCGACGUGUCUAUUUGCUCAUGUUUGGUUGUACGGGACUGCUUAUGCUUUCUUAUUUCGUCCUAUAUUCCGAUGCAAAUUAUUCGAAUUCUUGGUCUUCCCCAUUUUAUUUUGGCACAAACGAUUCACAAACGGAAUCUCUUGUUGAUUCACGUCCUGAAUUGGAAACUACUUAUAGCUUUUCAUCUGAUGAAAACAAAGCUUUCUUCUUGGAAACUGCGGGCAAUGAAACACUCAACAUACGACAAGCGUGUGCAGUGGAAUCGCUAGCGUUGCACAACCCAAGUGUCACUGCUUACGUGUUGUUUGGUCAGGAACGAUUCAACAGCAGCUCCAUCACAUUAAAGACACUAACAGAAAACUAUAAAAACAUCCGAGUUAUCGGUCUCAAUAUGGAUAGUUAUUUAGCCGGUUCGCCAUUGGAACACUGGUACAAAUUCACAGACUGGAGGAACGGACCUUAUCACGUCGCUCAUUUCAGUGAUGGCCUUCGUUUGCUCACGUUGUCAAGAUACGGUGGCUAUUAUUUCGAUCUUGACAUCAUCCACGUACGGCCGGUGACCUACUAUCGCAAUUUCAUUGGCACAGAAGAUGGAGGCACUGCGUCAAAUAGCGUAAUCCAUUCGGAUUAUGGCUACCCAGUCCUGCAAAUGGCCAUCAAUGAUUUCCCUGUUGAUUACAGAGCUGACGCUUGGACCCAUAAUGGACCUGCCUUGUUGAACAGAGUUUUGACUAAAUGGUGCGGAGUAGACAGCCUUGCGGAAAUGAAUUACCUCAAAUGCCGUGGGUUCAGUGUCCUACCGAACACAUCAUUCUAUCCCGUACAUUAUAGCAAUUGGCAAGAAUUUUUCAAGCAAAGAGAUUCAAACGAUAAGAUGAAUCCUGAUUGGCUGACGACCGAAGUGCUUGGUGUACAUAUCUGGAACAAGUUGAGCUACGGAGAGCCAGUGUUCCGAAAUUCAACGCAGUAUUAUACACAGCUAGCUCGUAUUCAUUGUCCUGCCACAUUUGCCAUUGCUCCUGAUGUCUUUUAGAACCGAA